CUCAGCUGCAGUUGGGCUAUCAGAAGAAAAAACGAGGAAGCGGAGUGAAGCAAAGCAGCGUUGCUCCGUCAACUCAACAGAAGGACAAGAGAGCAAACAUCAGAAAACAAAGUAGCAGAAACUAAACUGCGUUUUAAACUCCUCUGCCCGGGAAACAGAAAGACGCUCCAGCUGCUCCAGAGACGCGCAUUUUUUUUCUUUCUCUUUCUCCUUUUCCUCCCCUCAUCUCCUGACACCGACAACAGGUGAGCUUCACCUGGCGGACCGGGCUGCUGCACACACACACCGGGAAUCAUGGCAGAUUCGGCGGCGGCCAACAGCGACGGCGAGGACGGACCCCGCGAGCCCAUGCGAGGCUUCGCGCGCCAGGGGGCUCUCCGGCAGAAGAACGUGCACGAGGUGAAGGACCACAAAUUCAUCGCGCGCUUCUUCAAGCAGCCCACCUUCUGCAGCCACUGCACCGACUUCAUCUGGGGUUUUGGCAAGCAGGGAUUCCAGUGUCAAGUGUGUUGUUUCGUGGUUCACAAACGUUGCCAUGAGUUCGUCACUUUCUCCUGUCCAGGAGCUGAUAAAGGACCUGCCUCAGAUGAUCCAAGGGCAAAGCAUAAGUUUAAGAUCCACACCUACUCCAGCCCGACCUUCUGUGACCACUGUGGCUCUCUACUCUACGGCCUCCUACACCAGGGCAUGAGAUGUGACCACUGUAUGAUGAACAUCCAUAAGCGCUGUGUGGCCAACGUCCCCAGCCUGUGUGGAACAGACCACACUGAGAGGAGAGGUCGCAUCCAGAUCACCGCUGAGGUCAAGACUAAUGUUCUCACUGUUACCAUCAAAGAGGCCAGGAACCUGGUUCCCAUGGACCCCAACGGUCUGUCAGACCCCUAUGUGAAGCUCAAACUGAUCCCAGAUCCUCGCAGCGAGAGUAAACAGAAGACCAAGACCAUAAAAUGCUGUCUCAACCCCACCUGGAAUGAGACCUUUAAAUUCCACCUGAAGGAGUACGACAAAGACCGCCGUCUGUCUGUGGAGGUGUGGGACUGGGACCUGACCAGCCGCAACGACUUCAUGGGAUCGCUGUCCUUCGGCAUCUCAGAGCUCCAGAAACUAGGAGUGGACGGAUGGUUUAAGCUGCUCUCCCAGGAAGAAGGCGAGUACUUCAACGUUCCCGUCGCUCCGGAGGGGGAGGAGGGCAACGAGGAGCUACGGCAGAAGUUUGAGAGAGCUAAGAUUGGUCCAGGCAAGAACACAGAAGGCAAGUCUGCCAAUGCUGCGUCCCGGUUUGACUCCAACGGCAACCAGGAUCGCAUGAAGUUGGCCGACUUUAACUUCCUGAUGGUGCUGGGCAAGGGCAGCUUCGGCAAGGUGAUGCUGGCGGAGCGCAAGGGGACAGAGGAGCUGUUCGCCAUAAAGAUCCUCAAGAAGGACGUUGUGAUCCAGGAUGAUGACGUGGAGUGCACCAUGGUGGAGAAGAGAGUGUUAGCUCUGGCCGGAAAGCCUCCGUUUUUAACACAGCUGCACUCCACCUUCCAGUCUAUGGACCGUUUGUAUUUUGUCAUGGAGUACAUAAACGGCGGAGAUCUCAUGUAUCAGAUACAGCAGGUCGGCAAGUUCAAAGAGCCCCAUGCUGUGUUCUAUGCUGCUGAGAUCGCCAUUGGUCUGUUUUUCCUACAUCAAAAGGGCAUCAUCUACAGAGACCUGAAGCUGGAUAAUGUCAUGCUGGACUGUGAGGGCCACAUUAAGAUCGCAGACUUUGGCAUGUGUAAAGAAAACAUGAAUGACGGAGUCACCACCAAGACCUUCUGUGGAACACCAGACUACAUCGCUCCUGAGAUUAUCGCCUACCAACCUUAUGGAAAAUCUGUGGACUGGUGGGCCUUUGGAGUGUUGCUGUACGAGAUGUUGGCUGGACAGCCUCCAUUUGAUGGCGAGGACGAGGAUGAGUUAUUUCAGUCCAUCAUGGAGCAUCACGUCUCCUAUCCCAAGUCCAUGUCCAAGGAGGCUGUCGCUAUCUGUAAAGGGCUAAUGACGAAGCAUCCAGCGAAGCGACUGGGCUGUGGUCCGGAGGGGGAGAGAGACAUCCGAGAUCACAGCUUCUUCCGCUACAUGGACUGGGAGAAACUGGAGAACAAGGAGGUGCAGCCUCCUUUCAAACCCAGAGCUUGCGGACGGGAUGCUGAGAACUUUGACCGUUUUUUCACACGCCACCCGCCGGUGCUGACCCCUCCUGACGAGGAAGUGAUUCAGAACCUGGACCAAGACGAGUUCCAGGGAUUCUCCUUUAUCAACCCCGAGUUCCCAGGAAACGCUGCUACCACCACUGACACCGAGCAGGCUUGAUUUCAGCUCAUGCACGGACACAUGGACACACACACACACACACAAAUAAAUCCACAAUCCUCUCUCCGGUAUCAGCCAUGCAUACCCUGGAAGAUACACACAUACACAAACAUGUUAACUUUAAAUAUCAUGGAAGUCAUGACGAACAGAUUGAACUUUGAACACAGAUUUCUUGUUCACACUGUUGCAGCUCAGACGAUGUGUUGGCUCUGAUCUGAAGGUGAAGAACCUGACUGCAUGUACUGUAGCACUCUGGUGGAAGUAGGAAAUUAACCUGAGAAGUUGAGAUAAUUGCAUUUAAAGAAUUCUUUCAUGCUUAUUUGUAAUCAAAUUAUUGCUACAGUUUGUCACUGACUUUGUCCUAGCAUCAUUUUUGAGAGGCUUAUUACUAUAAACUAGUGUUUUAAUGUUAUGCAUGAUCCAGUUAAUACCAUAUGCAAAGAAACCAAAAGCCUCUGAGUCACCACAAGCUUUUUGAAUCCAAGUGAUUUUGCAAUUUGGAUGACUUUCAACUGCUCCUGCUCACAGUGUGAACAACAAGUUGUGUUCACUUCGCUAUACAUGAUCAGAAUAAGGAUUAGAAAUUAAUUGGGGCCCUUUAAAGUUCAGAAAUUUUAGAAUUUCAACUCAAAGACAAAAUUGUUUGGAUAAUUAGAGCACCAUUUUUACAUGACUGAAGAGCAAUUAAACUGACACAAGCAUGUUUAUUUAAUAAAAAAAAAUAUCCAACUUCGCUACAGAAUAUCAACAAGUCAGCUCACUCUUACACACAACUGCAAGGUUUCCUGUGUAACAUAGCUGCAGCAGUCCAUGUUAUGACUUUUAUUUGGGUGGAAAUUGUGAUUUUUACCUUUUCUUUUCCUCAUUUAUCAGCUAUUCCAGCACAUUUUGGUUUAGGCUUGUAAUUUCUGUGUGCUUUUUUAAUGAGUGUAUAAUAAUAAUAAUAGUGUCUGUAUCCUUAUAUUAGCUAAAACUGGAAUGCUUGACAUACAUGCAUGAGAUUCUAUAUCAUGGAUAGCCCUGGAUCUUGUCUCCCAAUGGCAUUUUAGCAAAAUGUUGUACCACAAAUAUCAGAUUUUUCGUCUGCUGAUUACUGUCCACCCAACACUGGGCUCAGAAUGAUAAAAUGUGGUUGGGAACUGUAGUCUUUAUAGAGGGUGUCAGUCAGUUAAAUAGAUUGAUAGAUAGAUAAUACUAUUUCUUAUACUCUGUUAUCUUGUAUUUAAGCAAUGAAAGAGACUAGCGGUUAGUUUCUUUGUGUUUUACAGAAGCAUGAUUCCAAUACCUGGGCAUUUGUUUACAGUGUGUGUGUGUGCGUGCGUGUGUGUGUGUGUGUGUGUGUGUGUGUGUGUGUGUGUGUGUGUGUGUGUGUGUGUGUGUGUGUGUGUGUGUGUGUGUGUGUGUGUGUGUGCACAUGUAUGUUUUCUAUGUGUGUGAACAAGUAUUGUGCAUAAAAAUGCACGUUUGCAUUUUCGUAUGUGUCUAUAUUGGCUUCCCAACGCCUUGCCUGGCCUAGUGUUUACGUUUGUUUGUAUGGCGAAUAUCAGCAGCCCCUUCAUAUUAAGCAGUAUUAGUAGGAUUUCACUUUGCUUUUGGUUAGCAGCUCAACGAGUGGCAGAGAAGGAACCGGGAGACAGCGGUAGAGGAGAAAAAUGAGCAUUUAAUGUAGAAGUGCAUUUUAAUUGAAACAAUAGCUUUUAGUCAUGGACUAGUCUUAGCAACGUCCUUCUUAAAUUUUGUUUUUGAAUCAUUAUUGGCUGCAGUUUCCACCCAUAGAGUUCCUGGACAGCACCACCUUACAACCAUGGCUGAUUUUACAAAAAAUGUUUUAAAAAAGUUCUCGUCUGACCAUCUCAUAUUUGUCAGAUUUAUUUUCUUUUCAUGCAUAUGUUAUUAACCCAUAGAUGCACGAGUGAUUAGACCCUACACUCUUCCGUAAAUGGGUCAGAAAUUACCCGUAAAAGAAUCAAUGUGUUUCUUAUUUGGAUGAGAAUAGGCAUUUGUAUUUUUGUUUGUAUUAUAUUUUGGUCCACACAAGAAUGAUUUCAUGUUUGAAAUAUGUUUGUUUUUCACUUUAUAACAGAUUUUGAACAUUUUGAUAAUUGAAAAAGGAGAUUACACAGAACAGCAAUAUAAGAAUGUCAACAUCCAUUUUGUUGACUUUUUCCAACAUUAUAUAAAGCAAUGUUAGCUCGUUUAGUUAGCUAGCUAGUGUAACUAUAAAGUAGGCUAAUAUGAUAAUACAUAAUAAUAAUAAUAAUAACUUAUAUUCUUUCAUGCAAGAAUUAUGAAUGUGCAAGUAUGCUGAAAAAUAUCUAUUUGAUGGUAUCUGAUUUCUUCUGUGGUAGAAAAUGCAGCUAAUACUUACAUGCAUCAGCUCUUGCUGUGCAAAAUAAUCUUCCUGAUGUCCACACCCCUGACAUAGUGUGUGUGGUCCACAGUAAAUUUAUUCCUGAUAGUCACAAUUGGUAAGAAUCACAGGUUUCCAUGAGACUCUACAGGAAAUGCAUGCGGAUCAUUUUUGACACACUUAUGGAAGCUUGAAGUAGUAACACAAAUAUUCUAAUUUCUUAAAUAAUAUAAAAGGUGACUUUAAAAUUUGAAUGGAAUGAUAUCAAAAACCUGUUUUUUGAGGAAUAAAAAACAGGUCCGUCCGUCCCGAACCUUGUCAGCGCGAUAUCUCAAGAAGGAGUAAACCGAUUUCAAUUCUUUUUGGCAUCAAGAUUCCUAAUGCCAAUACGGAGACACCAGUCGAUUUUGGUGACCUUCACUCAAUUUUCAAGGUCAUUAUGACAAAAAACAUGUUUUACACUUGCAAAACCUUGUCAGCGCGAUAUCUCAAGAAGGAGUGAAUCGAUUUCAAUUCUUUUUGGCAUCAAGGUUCCUAAUAGGAAUACAGAGACACCAGUCGAUUUUGGUGACCUUCACUCAAUUUUCAAGGUCAUUACGACAAAAACAUGUUUUAAACUUAGGAAAGCUUGUCAAUAUGAUAUCUCAAGAUAGUAUGAACAGAUUUCAAUUAUUUUUGGUACCAAGGUCCCUACUGGGAAUAUGUAUACACCACGUAACUUUGAUGACCUUCUCCAGAUUUUCAAGCUCGUCACAUCGAAAACAUGUUCAACACUUACAAAAAGCGGCGGGGGAUAUAGUCACGUGAGUGACAACCUCUUGUUUAUUUUGCAUUUAUGGACAAUAUUUGAACAUGCAUUGAGCAGGCCUGUUAGGUGAAAUCAUCUUGAAGAGUUCUGUAAUAUUGUAACUGGGCUAAAGUAAAAGUCAUGAUUUUCCAACUCGCUUCACAAUAAUUUUAUCAAAGAUGAUACUACAAACAAUUUUGUUAAUCGUUAAAAUUGAAGAUGGUCAGACAGAGGGCAUUCGGUGAACUGAGGCAGAAGGACCCAACUAGACCCAGAUCCCUCCUUCUAAAAUUCAAAUUCAGCACCCGAGCAUUUCAAAAAAGUUACUAGGAAAAAAUUUUAAAAAGUCGAAAAGAGAACAGAAACAGACCUAAAUGUCUUGUGGCCAUGGAUAUUUUUAUGUAAUCUUUUGGAAGUUUGAAGCUCAGCUCACUGUGACUGGUGUUUAUCUGCUCUGUGUGUGCAGUAAGAAUUUCCAUGUAGUAGAAGUGGACGCAGGUUACAGCUUGACCUCCCGAAGCAGGAGAAAGUGAGUGUGUGUGUUUCUACUUUUGUUUUCCCUAGCUAGCAAUAAUCCUGCUGACAGGAAGACAGAACUGUAGGUUAGAACUGCCAGUGAUUUACAUACAGAGGCAAUGAGGUUAUUAGUGGGUCUUUUCCACUCUGCCAGAGGAGAGAAGUGUUUGUACUUUAUGUACCACUCUUCAUCACAGAGGGGCAUCGGGGGAGUUUGUUUCUGCAAAGUGGACACAUUGACAUUCUGGUCAAACACUGGUGUUCAUCAGUAGUUUUUUGCAUUUACACUCCCCUCCAGAAAUAUUGGAGCAGUGAGACCAAUGCUAUUAUUUUUGCUGUAGACUAAAAACAUUUGACAUCAAAUGAUGAAUAUGAGACAAGAGAUCAACAUUUCAGCUUUUAUUUCCUGCUAUUUACAUCUGGAUCUGAUAGCAUAUUUUUGAAGUGAAGUAAGUAGAUUAAAGUGAAUAAGACUUAAUAUUUAGUUGCAAUCCUUUUUGUACAAUAACUGCAUCAAGCAUGUGACCCACUGACAUCACUAAACUGUUACAUUCUGGCUCAUUCCAGAAUUGGAGAACAUUUGGGAUUCAAAAUUUUUGAAAAAUAGACCUUCUCUUUUAAAAUUUUCUGCUGUGUAUUCAUCAAUAAUAGGUAAUAAACUAUCAAAGGCUGGACAUCAAUGGCACCAUUUUUAUUCCAUGUUUUAUUUGUUGUUUGUUAACCCUACUCUAAUCACAGUAACAGGGUUGUUAAUCUAUGCUAAUGUUAGCUUUUUCUCAGGAGUAGAAGCUAGCUGUUACUGCUGACCAAGAGGACAAACAUACUGAUGGAAAAAAGUAAAAGAAUUUGUCUUAUCCUGAUAAUAUGCAUCACAAGGUUGCAUGAGGUAGAGUGAGACAUUUAGUCAAGGCCAUAGGCGUCAGUUUGGGGGGGACGGUGGGGAUGUGUCCCCCCCACUUUUUGUCAGGGGUCAUUUUGUCUCCAACACAUUCAAAUUCUUCAUAUGUAAGCCGUUGUAAACCCAGUUAUUUUCAGCAGUAUAGAAAAUUCCGACGCUCCUGAACGCACCGUCCGCACUCCGCCGAGAGUUGCACAGACAUGCAGCACACCUUCGUGAGGUUAAAAAAAAAUGUGCAGAUGCUAAAUUUGCGCCCGUGCCAAGUGGAAGCUCCGACCAGAGACGUGCAGGGGCAAAAUUUCGGCCCGGGAGAAUUAGUACUAUAGCAGCCCACAGACCCCUCUACCUGUAUGUACCGAUAGCUCUACAGGUUGAGCCUCUGCCUUUGGUGUGGUGGUUGUGAGUUCGAGCCCAGUUUGUGGAAUUUUGCCACCGUUCUUCGACAUUUUCUCAAAGUGCUGUGGUCUCCACCCCCCCCCCCCCCCACCCCCCCACACACAUACACACACUUUUAAAAACAAACUGACGCCCUUGGUCAAGGCUGACAAUAUUAUGAAAAUAUGAAAAAUAAAAGAGAGGGGUGAUUCACUUUUGUGGAAAACACGUUCCAUGCAUGAUAAUUAUUAUUUAAAAUCUUAUGUUGAUUAAAAAAUGUUCCCACAAUUACAAAAUACAUCAAUGAAAAAAAUGACACAUAGAAAAGGAGAUUAAAUUUCAUUUUACCUGCUUUAUUUGAGAUUCAAUUUGGUCAUCAGGGGGGUGAGACGAGAAAAUUGUCAUUUUAGAGGAUACUCCAGACUUAUUUGGUAUUUUAAAACCAUUUUCAAACAUUCUUUUCUCUUAGUUUUUAGGUUUUUUUUUUAGAUUUGGUCUCAGGACAAUUAAAUUCACACAACAACUGCAUGUUUUAGUAUUUUGUACAUGGAUUAUUUGGAAUGUGAUGGGUGAAUAUAUGUCCACCACUUCUGGAAUGACCCUUCUUCUUUUGUGAUGCUUUUCCAGCCUUUCACCUUUUUUCAGUCUACAAUGAAAAUAAAGGAAUUGGCCUCACUGUUCCAAUACUUUUGGAGUGAAGUGUAUGUCUGCUACUCAGAGUAAAAUUUGUUAAUUUUUCUGGAAGGCAUUUGAAGACAGACCAGAGUCUGAGUCGGACUGGAUCCAAAUUCUACUUCAUUUAGGUCAGACGAAGCCUUGUUCCACAAGUCACAGGUGUGUGUGUGAAUAUGUCCAAUCCGAUAAAUGAAUCCAAGGACCCAGCUGACUUUUAAUACAUGGAAUGUAUUAUCCUCAAAAGACUAUGUGAGGACAUUCCAGGAAAUCAGAUUUGUGCUGUUGGAAAACAAUUACUUGUUUGAAUUUAAUUUACAGAUAUGGGAGUGGUUAUAAAAUGAUCUUCUAUCGCCCAGUUAGUUACAAAAUAUGUAAAAGGUGGCCAUACUUAUAUCAACUAGACUUCCAAGAGGUUGAUUCUUGGAAUUAGUUUCUGUGAUUUUAUAUUUGCUCUGAGGACAUUAUCAUUUUGCUGUUCUCUCCUAAUCAGAUGUUAAAUGAUAGCACCUUAUGUUUCUGGUGUUCUCUGUAUAAGUGUAUGUUUGGGACGAAUCCAUUUUGUGUGUUUUGGAUCUGGUCUACCUUGAAUCAGGUCUGACUGACUGUGUGGACUCUGGGGUGUUGGUAGUUUUAUGCAGUUGAAAUAUUAUCAUACAGCUGAUUCAUUUAAAGGAUUAACACUUGUUUGUCACUGUCAGCAUUAUUACACAUUAUUAUGAAGAUAAAGAUCACUGACAUCUGAGAAUAUCUUUAAAAGUGACUACAAUUUAGUAGAAGAUCGAUGUUGGUCUGAUAGCUGUAGUUACAUGUAAACUGGUGUUAGAGUCCUCUGCAUAGAUUGUAUACAGUCUGAAAUAUGCUGUCAUUUACAGUUAAAGUGAAACCAGCUUGAUUUUUGCUGUGGUUUAGAGGUGGAUGAUAAAGAGGUGGAAAAAACAAAGGUAGCAAAAGCCAGGUCAGAAAUUCAGAUGGGAAAGCCACACUUUGAAGGUUGUUAUUUCCUCCUUUCAAAGCUUUGUCAAUGAAUACUUUCACGCUUGGUCCCAUAUAACACACUCAAAUGGAAUGUAUUAUAUUAAGAAAGUAAUUUGACAUUUUGAUUCCAUUACUGGAUGGAACCAAAGUCAGAGUAAACACCUGGAUCCUGUCUGAGAUCUCCAGUCAAGUCCUGCAAUAAAGAGCAGUUUUGCUGGUUUCAUAUUUCAUCCAUAAUUGUGAGUAUAUAAUUGAAUGCAUGUGUGUCCAUUAUCUGUGUUCUAUUUCUACUAUCAGUGUUUAUUUCAGUCAUCAUCCCCUGAAUUCUAACAGCAACAACAAAUACAUAUAUAUGCUAAUACAGAAACAUAUAUAUUACUGUGUCAAAUAUUGGUAUUUGCAUAUAAUUAAACCUAUUGUCAGUGUUUUAAAGAAGGAGAAGAGGAAAGGUCUUACUCCAGGAUUGGUAUUUUUAUCUCUAUGAUUCCUUCCUGCUGAAGGAGAAACAAAAUGAACUCUGCAUGAAAAAAAAUGCUUUUGUUUGACCUUUUUAUUAGUUAGGAUUUAUAUACAUUAAACAUAUUAGGAUGGUCCAUGUUUUCUGUAUCAGCAGUGCUUCAAAAGUGUGAUCCAAGCUACGUUUAUGUGCGCUGUGUGUGAAAAUACAUAUAUAUCUAAAGAAGAAAAAAUGCUUUUCACAAUGCUUUCCAUGUGCCAAAUAUUUUUUUUGUUUGUUUUCCAAAACAAAAAACAAAAAUGCAGACAUACCUAAAAUAAAGAAAUUAAAAGCGG